AUGAGGUAUUUUAAAGGUACAACUGAUUAUGGUGUGGUGUAUCCUAAGCCAAAUGAUGAAGGAAAGAAGCUAAUUGGUUACCAUGUCUCAAACUGGGGCUAUCAAGAUACACUAUAUGUAGACCAGGGCUACCAGUUCUACCGCAACUGCAAGACUUAUGGAACCAUCGACUUUAUAUAUGGUCAUUCAACUACCUUGAUCCAAAACUCAACAAUUUUGGUGAGAAAGCCUGCUCUAGGACAGUCGAAUGUCGUGGUGGCAGAUGUCACAAACAUAAACACCAAUUUAAGUACCGACAUAGUGCUUCAGAACUACUCUAUAAGUCCAAAUGUUGAGCUCACACCAUUUCCGCCAACAGUGAAGACAUACUUGGCAAGACCAUGGCAAGCAUUUUCAACAGCAGUCUUCCUUAACAAUUAUAUUGAUGAUUUUAUCCAUCAAGAUGGAUAUAUGAUUUGGACAAAAGAUUAA